AAGGCGCAAAGAUGUCCUUGUCUGCUGCUGCUGGUCGAAGUGCGACAUGAAGCUGAAGAACCUUUCCAUAAGCUUGGGGUCCACGCUUGAAGAGGGAGAUGGAGUCACCAUCUCUGGGUCGAAGGCUCUCGCGGAGAAGGCGGCGGCGGAUGCUGGACGGAGACCCAGAGGCCUAAAAUCUGCAGUCCUGUGGGUGUGUGUCGAGGGGAAUUUUCAUUCCCGGAAUAAGCUGCUUCGUCACCGUCUUCUGGGUCAGGUGCGGUGAUGCGUUGUUGGGAAGCGAUGACGAGGACAGCAGGUUGUGCAGGUGAACUGCAUGUGUUAUCGCGUCUGGCCACAGUGUGGUGGGCAGCCUCAUUCCCAGAAGCAGUUUUCGCAUCGUCGUCUGCAAGGUCCGGUUCAUGCGUUCUGCGACCCCCUGCUGCUGGUGAGCAUAGGGCAGAGACACCAGGCGUCUGAUUCCUCUUUCCGCCAGAUAGGUCCUGAAGCGUUGUGACUGGUAUUCCAGUGCACCGUCUGACUGGAAGCUCUUGAGCUUGGUUCCUGAUUCUCGUUCGGCGAUGGGAAGCCACGUUGUGAAGGCGUCGAAAGCUUGAUCGCGCGUCUUGAGAUUGAAGUGCCAGACGUAUCUGGUUGCUGCGUCGAUGAACUGUCACGAAGCUUUCUUCAGUGAUUGUUCCUCCGCACCGAAGCAGGCGGUCGCGGAGGGUCUGGCAGCGGCUCAUAUACUGCAUCGCCUUUUCCCCGGUCUUCAUUUGUAUUGUUGUCAGUUGUUGCAUGAGUCUGCUUUGUGUCACGCUGUC